AUGGAGCCUUGCAAACCAUUCUCUGGUGCGCGAGCCGGCCUACCGCCACCGAGACACCCCGACCAAGGCCUCGCGCGGUGCGGCACCACGACCCGCAACGAGGAGCGCGCCGUGACGCUGCGUCAUCCGCGUUAUCCCGACGACUCCAACAUCUUGCUCGUGCUGCCGGCGCUUGAUCCAAUUCCCGGCUCGGACCAUCUUUUGCCGGGCCGCAACUACUACUUUCACGUGCCGAGCGACACUGGUGACGGUGAGCAGGGCACGCCGUACCCAAUCGUGCCAUCCUUUGCACACUUCCGGUUUCCGCACAACAAGUUGCCGCCUACGUGGACGGCUACGUGGACGGUGUCUGGGUUGUCCUUUCCCCCGAGCGACAACGACCCGCCGCGUAAGUUUUCAUUUGAGGAUACGGUCCUCACGCGCGAUGGCUCUUGCCGCCUGACGGCUUCCACGAUUGGCGCCGAGAUUGCCCACUUCAUCCCCCGCACUGAGGACGCCUGGUUCGUCGCGAAUCAAAUGUUCCAGUAUUCGUCACGGCCGGAGGCUGUCAUCACCAACAAGACCAACAACCCGCGCAAUGCCAUACUGAUGGGCUCCCAGCUGCACUCCGUCUACGACCAGCGCCAGUUCGUCGUGGUCCCGAAAUGGGGCGCCUGGCUGAUCCACGUCCUCUCCGGCCGGCAUGAGGAGGAGCUGGCCUCCGUUUACCACAAUGUCCCGCCGAAGCUAUUGUCGGGCCUGGCCGUCGAGUACGUCUUUGCACGAUUCGCAUGGACGGUGCUCGCGCAGACGAGCUUCCUUGAGGCGGGUGUGCCCCGACAUGUCGUGGUGCGUGGCAAGGACGGGCUGCCAACGGCGCGAGGUGUUGGGACAAGACUGCCGCACCAUGUUCACGCCGAGUCUGCCCAGGUCCAAGAGCCGUAG